GCGACAUCACGACAUGUUCAUUUCAUUAAUUUUGGGCUUGGUGGUUUUUAUCAAUGAUGUGACCUGCUUGGCACCUCCUUUAUCAGAUGAAGAAAAGAGCUAUUUACACGAAGAUGAUAAAAUACAACUGCCGUUGACCAUUCAUCACAGAGUUGGUUUCAAAAGUCGUUAUGUCGAUCAUAGCGGUCACAUCUAUACAAGAAAGCCAUCAAGUCCGACAGUCACUGUUCAGGCUACUACAUAUGUAUCUGAUCUAGCUUUGAUGAAGGCAGCUAAAACUGUUGCCUAUAUGGUUCGCCAUACACCGUCUGAUGUGUUCAUGGGAGUAACACGCAGUCAUGGAGUUGGUAUAUUUACCAAACAAGAUACUCUUACUGUAUUUCCAGAAAACCAUCAUCUAGCUGAUACAGCAGCGUGUCACAAUAAAUGCGAUGGUUCUUGUAAACGAACAUGUACGUUUGAUGGUCGUAAAUACCAGGAAAUAGCAGGAGUAACCAACAGUCGGUCCGUAGCACUGGAUGACAAUGUUUUGUGCAAUUCUCAUGAUCCCUACGGACACAAGCUUAAUGUUGUUUCUCACGAGUUCGCUCACCUGAUACACAGAUACAUGCCUAGCUCCUAUAGAAAUCGGAUAUCCUACGCCUACAACUAUGCUAAACAGCAUCAUACAUGGACAACAUCCUAUGCUACAGCUACAGUAAACGAAUACUUUGCAGAGGGCACUACAGCGUUCUUCAUGACGACAAAAAGUAGCAAAAAUGCUGGAGGAAUGGACCUAUGUAACCACCUGUCCACUAUAUGUGUUAAUGAAAUGGACGCACGUGACCAUUUGAAACGUCAGGAUCCGGAAUUGUAUGAUAUUUUACAAAAAGUAUAUACUAAUGGGCACCCAUCAACACCAAGUGGCCUAAAACCGUGUAUGUAGAAAAUAAAUACAAAUAAAUCAUUAUGGUAUUCUUCAUUA